AAAUAUAUGUGUUGCCAUGAGACAUCUAACCGUUAGAACAUAUCGGCGUUCUAUUGAAGGUUUUCUGUUCGAAAACAAGAACAACUUCAAUUUGCUGUUCAACAACAACAAACUUGACUGAUUUUUGAGACCUGAGAUUGAAACAUCGACUGGAAAAUGCCUGGGUGCUUUUCAAGAUUGACGGAGAGAGUGCGAGGACGUCGGCAGCCUUCUGCGUCGACAGGUUGUUCAAAUUCAUUUAUGGGUUGUUUUUGUUGUCUUUUUCCUUUUUGCAGGGUUCGCGAUCGUCGGGAGGUGGACAGCGACAGCGACUUCGAAGAGGAAUCAACUGUGCUGGAUGAGGUCCAGUUGGAUGUGCCACUGCUGCCAGUUAUCCUUCAUGUCCAGGAUGCUGCUAUCAUCCUCGAGAAUGUGCCAGAUGUGCUGACUAUCCUUGAGGAGGCCACUGGUAAUUGGCAGCUGAUACCGAUUAGGUUCAGCCCCCUGUACUGUGGGCCUGUUGUGAUCAGGAACAAUGCCGGUCCGGUGGCUAAAGCCUGGAGAACUUUCCAGUUCAUCAGCCCCAUUAUCACCUACAUGCGUGGGGGAUCCCAGCAGGUGGUGGUGAGGAUGCACCAUGUGAGUAGGGUUCGAGGCCUGGAGACUCAACUGGUGUGGGCCAUCUCCAAGGAGACAGCCAGGCUUAGUCCAGAGGGCAUCCCCUACUGUGCCACCAAGGUGCAGUCCGUCACUUGGAUCCAGUAUGUGGCUGGCAGGGUGACCCAGUAUGCGUCUCACCUCCGCCACGAGACAUCUGUGGAUGUGACGUUUGGCUGCUACCAGCAGACUGAUGUCUCGGUGGUGUACGCGACUCUCCACAUGGGGCUGGAUGGGCUGCUCUCCUCCUCGUGGGGGUCGGAGGCUGCCUCCGUCUCUACGCCCACCAAUCAGCAGUUCACUGAGCCAGAGCCUGAGGACCACAACUGCUAUGAGGGCUGGGAGGAGGACCUGCUGCCUGAGGAGAGGGAGGUUCCUCUGCUAAACCUCUACCUUACCACCAAGAGAGUGGAGGACAUCACCCUGAGGCUCGUCUCCCUGCGCCAGGCCUUCACUACACUGCUUGGUUCCACCCUGGGCAGGAACCAUCUGUUUGUGGCAGGAAAGGUCCUAAUGGGCGCACUGGUCCAGGCCCACCACAUGGACGAGGCCCAAUUCAUCCGUGCCUAUAAUGACUUUGUGGACUACCUGAGUGACCCCUCCAAGAAGAUUGACAUUGAGAGGGAGCUGGCUGAGGCAAAGAUCCAUCAUGUUAACCUGAUAGAUGUCCUCUUUGAACUGGUGCUGUUUGGGUUGAUGACAGCUCAGAAGUCCCUGAUGGUGCACCCUGGUGGGUUCAUGGAGCGUCUGUACGCUCUCCUGUACUCCUUCCUGCCCGCUGCUGCCAGCAUUGAGCCAAAGGCUGAGAGAUACCUGCUGCUGCUCAAUGAUUCUUGUGACACUUUGCCACCUAACAGGGAUCUAGACACUAAUGCACUACAUUACUUUAGUCUACCAUUGUAG